AUGGCCUCUUCAAGUGCGGUUUCAGAUGUUGUCGUUCCCGUACCACCGUUUCAGUACCUUCAUGUUCUUGACAGGAACACUAACAUAACAAGACUCGUUACUGGUCCACUGACAUUUAUUCGCAAAGAUCAUGAAAGUAUUGUGCAAAUGCCGGCGAAAAUGGUGACGGUCACCGCUAAGGAGUAUUGUAUUAUUCUCAAUCCCGUGAAGAGAGAUGGUGAGGGGAAAGUAAUCACAGAAAGUGGCCAGGUCGUCCUCGAUUAUGGUGAAGAAGAGUAUCGGUUUGCGCAACCACCUUUCCCCUUAUAUCCUGGAGAACAACUUCAGGGAGAAGUCACUCCUUUGAAGAUACUGCCUCCUAAUGAAGCCUUGCUUCUGCGUGCAAUUGUUGCUUUUACUGAUGACAAUGGGAAUGCACGGAUUCCGGGUGAACAGUGGCUUUUUGAAGGGCCGGGUGUUUAUAAACCUCGAAAGGAGGUUACUGUUCUGUCUCAACGCUCGGCCGAAAUGAUUCUACCCAAUUCGGCACUGUUAAUUGAAGCUCUGAUGAAUUUCACUGAUAGAAGUGGACGAAAACGUGUCUGUGGGGAGAGAUGGCUGGUAAAAGAAGCAGGUUCCUACAUGGUUGGGGCUUACGAAAAAUGUGUAGAAACUUAUCAUGCCUACAAUUUGGAUGAAAAGGUGAGAUGGUGGAAUUUGCUCUUAGACUUAUUAUUGAGUGAUUCUUGCUCAGAUGCGUUUUGUUUCACUGAAAAUCUUUAG